GUACUGCCAACGGUAACGGUACAGUUAAUGCUGGCGCACUCACCUGACGAGUGUUUACGCGGGAGACCUUGGGGGCAACCUAACCUCGGACACUCGGCUGAUCGCCGAACGUUGAAGUCGGAAUAACGUGGUUCAUCCGUUUCGUUUCGCGAUAAAAUGGACGUGCUAAAGGAUCCCGUCUUGAAAACGAAGUAUCUGAAGAACAAACUCCGCGUGAAGCAAUGGGAGAGCGAUUUUAUGGAGAAAUUCGGACGCAAACCGAACAAAAAUGACAUAAAGGAUGCGGACGUAUCGAUCAAAGAGGCAUACAAGAUGUACUGGAAACUGAAGACGCGAGCGCUCGAGGAGACUCUGAUGGACAUCACUUUCUGUGACGACGUGCAAGGCAACGUGACGAACAAGUCGCCAUUAAAGUCAUCGACGAAUGAUCAGAGGCAGGAUAAGAACUCGAGUCCGGAGAAACUCGCAAGAGACACAGAGAACAUAGAUCCUCACAACAGCAAACACGAAAGCGAAGCCGCUGUUCAAGCAGACACGGUGAACAUCGAGGGAGUCUGGGGCGAGCAUCUGCACAAGAGCAAGGAACAGGCGCCGAAGAAGAAGCAAUCCCUGUUGAUCGGUAGGUCCUCCUCCUUCCAACUAUCCAGGAAUAAAUUUGAAAGUUCGUCGUUCACCAAGCGGAACCCGAGGAAAUCGCUAUCGUCGACUAAGCUGAAGAACAAGUCUGGCAAGAAUAUGCCUAGUAACUCGAGCAUCGACCAAGCAGAUAUGGACAGCAAGGAUGGUUUCGACGUGACAACGGAAGAGACAAAACCCAUAUUUGGUGCACCAGUGAAAGUGACCUUUGAAAAUAACAAAUCCGUCCCGCAUUGUAUUAACGCUGUUCAACAACUGGUUGAUGGCCACAUGACUAGCGUCAACCGUAAUCUGAAUCCGGGCUGGCUUGAUCGCUGCACGAGAUACAGCAACUCGGAAGUGGCGUCUUUCAACCCGAGUCAAAGACUCUCGGGCACCAGCGACUCCGGAAUAGAGUCUAUGGAGUCCAGUACGUAUUCCCCAAAGGACAUGACGCCUGUGGUGAACUCUAUCACGUCCCUUCAAGAGUCUGACGAGGACGAUUUCGUGUGCAACAGCGAUUCCGAGGAGGAGCGCAGGAACAAACGCAUCAGAAAUUUCAAGAAACGAUGGAGCGACCAAGACGGUCAACUCGCGAAACGACGGUGCGUUGAAAUCGAACCCGUUGCGACCGCUCGGUCUGCUGAUACAACCGACGGCGGUGCAUUCAAGCAGAUUUCCAACGCUAAUACGAAUUCUAGUGUAGUAUAUAACAAUAGUUGUAGUAGUAGAAGCAAAACUGACGAUGUUAACGCGUUUAAGUCAGUUAACGAUAUUAGUACGAACUUUAGUUUAGCGAAAGAGCCGAUUAAGGCUCAACAAAACGACAAAGUCGCCUCGAGUUCAAACAUUGAUUCGAAAGCUAUUAUUGACGGCGGAAUGAUGUCCAAAAAUGUCCAGACUGAUAACGGUCAGACGAAGAAUGAAUUCAAGAUAACGGAUAGCGUUCCUAAAUCGACUGAUAUUUCGAAUCAAGAAUCAGGAACUUCAUCUAAUGAAAAACUAGUGAAGCAACAUGUGCCACAUCGAAGAGGUAAAGAUGUACUAUCGGACGACUCUGAUCCCGAUUAUGUGGAACAGAAAAAACAAACUAGAACAAAAACAAAGAAGACUACCGUCCGAACUGUUAAAAAAUCUACAAGUAGAAGGAAGAGAAACGACGAGGGGAAACCUAAUUUAAGAAGAUCUUCUAGAGCAAAGUUGACUUUAAACGUGGAUGACGAAGAACGGAGUUCAGACGAAACGCAAGCGGGAAAGUUCCCGAUAUACAGCGUGGAGACGUUACAAACGGUUCCUCGCUUCGCGAUGACGUCGACUGAGAAUGGUGACCUGGUCACACAAUUUUCCAAAUCGGUUUCCAUUGAAAUGCCGGAAAGAGGCGCUUCGGUAUCUUCGAAAACGAGCGCAAAAUUAACUGACAGGGAAAAGCUUGAGAAGAAAAUAGCCGCCGGGACGAUGAACGACAACUUCGUCAGAAUAAAUCUGAAGAAGAAAGUAUUCGUGCGAGGGAAGAAGAAUUUCAAUCUGUCCAAGUACAAGAAAAAUCAAUGGAAACAAAGAAAGAAGGAUUUGGCGUCGAGCGAGAGCAACCUGGACGCAGCCGAUCUGAUCGACAAGAACGGCAUGACAUGCUUCAAGUGUGGCGAGUCCGGACACUUUGCUAAGAAUUGCUCAGCUUCCAAGAGCGAUGCUCUUCUGCCUCUGGAGGAGAUCGACGAGUCGUCAAGUUACCCGACUCUGGAGGAAGCCGAGAGGAUGGCAAAUGAGAACGCUGUUGUCGCUCAUGGUCACAGGAUCGAUCGGCUACCCGAGAAACCGUCUCACUCCGUUGCGAAAGCAUCGCAGAGCGACGAAGCCGAAGACAUGGCUCGAUUAUUUGAAGACGACUUUGAAACUCCAUAUGAGAAGAGCGAAACUCCGAUUGUCGGGCACAAGAUACCGCAGGAUUUAUUGUCGAAGUUACUGCCGCCACAGAUGGACGUGGUUGAGCCGUUGUACCCCACAAACGAAGACGGCAGUCUCACCGAAACCCCAGCGGAGGUUUUCGAGGCGUUACACAUGUUCGGCCACGAGAGCUUCCGGGCUGGCCAAGAGAAGGCGGUGAUGAGAAUUCUGUCUGGCCAAUCCACUCUGGUAACGCUGUCGACGGGCUCCGGGAAGUCCUUAUGCUAUCAAUUACCAGCAUACCUGUAUUCCCGGCAUUCGCGCUGCAUCACUCUGGUAAUUUCACCGCUGGUGUCCUUGAUGGACGACCAGGUGACGGGUGUGCCUUCAUUUCUAUCCGCUGCGUGCUUGCACACCAGCCAGACGCCGAAGGUGAGGGAGCAGGUGAUGCGCUCCGUGAAGGACGGCACGGUGAACAUUCUGCUGGUAUCACCGGAAGCAGUAGUGGCGGGCGAGAAGUCCACUGGUUUCGGAGCCCUGUUGCGCCAGUUGCCUCCGAUCGCGUUCGCCUGUAUCGACGAGGCCCAUUGCAUCUCCCAGUGGUCGCACAAUUUCCGGCCGUCCUACCUGAUGGUCUGCAGGGUGCUCAAGGAGAAGUUGCGUGUAAAAACGGUGCUGGGACUUACCGCGACCGCCACGAGGGCGACGGCGGAGAGUAUAGUAAAUCAUCUGUACCUCCACGACGGCAUGGCUGGCGUUAUAUCGGAUGUACCGUUACCCAAGAAUCUUGUUCUGACGGUGUCGAAGGAUGAAAAUAAGGAUCAAGCUCUGAUCGCGCUGUUAAAGAGCGAGAGGUUCCAGAAAUGCGACUCGGUGAUAGUCUACUGCACUCGUAGGGAAGAGUGUGCGAGAGUUGCAGGGUUGCUGAGAAUAGCGCUGCAGGAUCCACGGAAUCCUGAGAAGCCGAACGCGAAGGUGUCCACAAUAGCCGAGGCCUACCACGCCGGUAUGACUGCUCACAGACGCAAAAUCGUGCAAAAGGAAUUUAUGAGCGGGAAGAUCAAGAUUGUGGUCGCUACCGUUGCGUUUGGUAUGGGUAUCAAUAAAUCGGAUAUUCGGGCUGUCAUUCAUUACAACAUGCCUGGCACUUUCGAAGGAUACGUGCAGGAAGUCGGUCGCUGUGGGCGAGACGGUCUUACUGGACACUGCCAUUUGUUCUUAAAUCCAUUGCGAGACAGUGAUAAGUGGGAACUGCGCAGACACAUACACGCGAACGGCGUCGAUCGUCAUACAAUCCGACAUCUGCUUCAAAGAAUCUUCAUUCCCUGCUCUUGCGCGAGGAUCAACAAAGAGAAAGCUCCGGAUCAAAGAUGUCCCGGUCACGAAGUCGCACUUCCGAUCGACGAGACUGUUCAAGCCCUCGACAUCACGGAAGAAACGAUCUCCACAUUGUUAUGCUACCUCGAGCUGCAUCCGAAGAGAUUCAUUACUGUGCUCUCAUCCGUGUACGUCCGAGCGCGAAUCUCGAGCUACAAUGGACCGCAAGCUCUCAAACGUGCGGCGCAAUCUUCUCCACCGCUCGCGAUGGCGAUAGCACUGGACAUGCAGAAGGGAAUCUCGCAUGAGAAGAGCAACAUCAUCGAGUUCCCGAUAAUCGACGUUGCGUCGGCCAUCGGUUGGGACAGCGGCGUAGUCAAGAGCCACCUGAAGAAUCUGGAGUGGACGACGGGAGGUGACGGCAGCGUAAAACGCUCGGCUAUAUCGAUGCAUUACGACAAACUCGGUUUACGGGUGAAGACACCGGGCGAUCUCACCGAUACCGAGUUGGACGAGGCGCUCGAUGCAUUGAUUGCGCGCACCCGAUCUCAGGAAUCCUCGUGCUUGCAACAGCUCGAGAUCAUAUCCUCCGCUCUUAGUAAGAUCAGCGUGCCGUCGAUCGAGCACUGCUCAGUCUUGAACGACAAUGUCACAAAGAGAUCGGAAGAGCUCAAAGGCACCAUCAGGGACUACUUCCAGUCGGAUUCUCCUUUGGCCAGUGUGGACAUCAAUUUCCAGGAUAAGAUAGCAAACGAGCAGCAAAUUGCCGCUGACGUGCGCAGUUUGGUAAUGUGCUACAGAGAUACCAAAUUCACCGGGCGCGCUGUGGCUCGAAUCUUCCACGGUAUACAAAGCCCAAAUUAUCCCGCGGUGAUUUGGGGCAAGUGCCGCUUCUGGAGGGCUUAUUUAGCCGCAGAUUUUAACGCUAUUUACAGAAUUGCUACUAGAGAAAUUUUAGCGCUACGAUAACGAGAUCAGAGAUUGUAGUAAAUAACGGGAUUUCGUUCGACAUGAUUGUACAUUAACAUGAAAUGGUAACGUCAUCAGUUUUUAGACUUAAAAAUAAGGGAAUAUUCUUACGCUCAGUUUAACGUUAAUUAUUGGAACAGUGAAUUGUUACGCUAUUGAGACGCACAUUUAAGAGAUAACGUAGUAACUUAUUUUUAUAUCGGAGUAUUGUAUAAAUAAAUUUUUUUAUAAAAUAGAUACGUUCUGUUAUAUAUUUUAUGUAAUAGAGUAUAUUUAGGAUUAAACAUAUAGUAAUUUAUUUUAUACUUAAAUCUUCGAUAAAAAAAUUUUUUAAUAUGAACCUGUUUACACAAGAGUACAAUGAGAGUACAAUAAAACAGAGUAAUAUAA